GAAGUGAACCUGUGUUCAUCCUGGGUGUCGGUCUGGCAGAUUAGUACUAUUUGUAUACGAUUUUGUGUGAUUGUAUUUUAUUUUUCUAGUUUGUACUGUUUUUGUUCAUUUUAGUGAACAAAAAAUCUAUUUAGUUUGAUUUUUCUUCCUUACGGUUAUAUUUUUGGAUAACAAAACAGAAACACCUGCAAGAAUGAUGAAACAAGAGUUGAGAGCAGUUCUUAUUGGAAGGCAACACUGUGGGAAAACAUCGGUGAUCAACACUAUAUUGGAAACCAGAACAGAAGCUGAAGGAGAUGAACAUGUGAAGAGAGAGGGAUUUAUUGAUAACAGGAGAGUCAGUCUGGUUGAAACACCUGGCUGGUGGAAAACCAUCAAUCCGAGCGAUUAUUCCAACAUCUCCAAACUGCAGCUGGUUCGCAGGAUUUAUCUGAUUUCACCCGGACCUCACGCGGUUCUGAUCGUGAUUCGGGCCGAUUCUGCAUUUACUGACCCUGAUGGGAGGUUUCUGGAGGAGCAUUUGGAGCUGCUGGGUCCCAAUGUCUGGACUCACACCCUCAUCAUCUUCACAAGAGGAGAUUUGAUUAAACAAGAAGACAUUGAGCAGCAUAUUCGGGAAGAGGGGUCAGCACUCAAGCGGCUUAUUGAAAAAUGUGAAAAUAAAUAUCUUGUUUUUAAUAAUUCAAACCAUCACGACCGAACUCAAGUCAAAGAGCUGUUCAAGAAAAUCGAAGGAAUUGUGAGGAGGAGUAAAGGCAAGCACUUUGAUAUUGAUCUGGAAAAAGUAAAGGAAGUCAAUGAGCAGUGGGAGGAAAUUCAGACCAGAGCAAAUUCUAGAAAAUCCAGAGUACAGAAGGAACGGUCAAUAGUUAAAGAAAAAGAGUAUGUGCGUCGUCUUGAGGUGAUCAGAGUUGUUUUGUUGGGAUGGGUUCUUGCUGGAAAGAGUUUAGCUGGAAACACCAUCUUGAACCGGGAUGAAUUUGCCAUAGGAGGAAGAACCAGAGAGGGUAUGAGAGGGUUUGGAGAUGUAGACGGAAGGAAGAUUAGUGUUUUGGACACUCCAGGCUGGCGGAAGUACUUCACAUCUGAACUCAACCCAGAUUUCAUUAGAUCUGCGAUCUUAGGAAGCGUUUCAGACUAUAAGAAUUUCCCUCAUGCCAUGCUGCUCGUGAUUCCUGCAGAUACAUCAUUUCAGGAAGAACAAAAGAGAAUCAUUCAGCAAAAUAUGUCCAUCCUGGGAGACGACGUCUGGAGACACACAAUAGUUUUGUUCACGUGGGGCGACAGAUUUAAAGACAUCUCAAUCGAGCAGCACAUUGAGAGUGAAGGAGAAGCUCUUCAGUGGCUGAUUGAGAAAUGCAGGAACAGAUAUCACGUCUUUGACAACACAGACAAGAAGAACCGAUCUCAAGUCUCAGAGCUGCUCCAGAAGAUUGAUGAGAUGGUGGCAGAAAACAGUUUGUUUCAUCUCAACACACAGAAAAACUGUGAGAAAAGCUGUCAGAAAACUGACAAACAGGAGGAUCUGAAUAUGGAGAUCAGACUGAAGGAUGUCUGCCACUUUCUGGACGAGGGGUUUAAGAGAAAAGCUCAAGAGAUAAGAAGGAAUAUAGAAAAGUUAUGCAUGGAUAUCUUGGAAGAACAUCUAUAUCUUCAGGACUCUUUUAGUAUGGAUGAUCCUCCUGAAUUAGAUCAAGAUAAACCUCCUGAUUCCCAUACACCAUUAAAAGCGAUCAAUGCACCUCAACAGGACAACAUCCCUGAGCCGAUUAAAAGUCUUCUGAUGAGAGAGUUCAGCCGAUGGGAAAGUAUCAUCAUAGAUGGUGUUCAGGAAAGUUUACAGGACAUUAAAUCAUCAUUUGAGCUCUCUCAGGCUGAGAAGAGACAAAGGUCAGCGGAUGCUGUUGAGAGAUGGCUACAGAACUGCUACCAUUAUGUUCAACAUACUAUUGAUAAAAUACAAGAUCCAGAAUCAGGGAUCAGGACGAAGAGACUAAAGAUACAAUGAUUACUUGAUGAUUUACAGUUUCUGUGUACAUAUAUAUACACAAUGCAUGAACGUAACGUAAGAUUUUAAAUGCAGUUUUAUUGUAUUAACAUCCCUGACUCACUUCACAUGUGUUAUUAUAAGUUGCAGCUGUAUUUUAAAUCUGAAAUGUAAAUCUAGAUGUACACAGGAACAGUUGUUCUGGUACCUUGUGAGAUUCAGUGAUUUGCUUAAGAACAAAUCUAGAGUUUAGUCAGACUCUCUCUGCUGGUUUCUGAACAUUCAGUCCACAAACGAAGGCCAGUGUUUAUAAAUGGACCAUGAAAAGUAACCGAAUCUUUUAAAGUACAAGGAGGAAAGUCAAAAUGAAGCAAUAGCAGGCUGGUCAGUAGUAGAGCAAACUCGUUUCUUAAAAGAGAAACAGACAUAUAAUGAUGUGAUUGAAUCAGUCCAUUCAUAAAUAGCCUCGAUUAUUUCAUCUGGAAUUCAAAUUGAAAACUGAAAACAAACUGAAGUUGGAUGAAACGAAAUGCUGUUUAAAAUGAUUAAGGAAAAAUCAUUAAAACAUCUGCUUUGAUAUUAGAUUUCUGUUUCUCUUAGAUCUAAAGACAUUUAAACACUGGCACAAUCAUUUUCUGUGAAGCUGCUUUAAAAUUGAGAUUUAUACACCGUUUAAAAAAAAUCAAUAUUGUAAAUAAAGAUUAUUGGAGUAUGUUUUACAAGAAAAUGUUAUUUGUUAUAAUAUUUGUAUUGUGUAACUUGCCAUUUCUUUGUAAUUAAUGGUGAAUAUUGUUCAGUUUAUGGACACCUCGUUUACAGAUGAACUAAUACAACUAAAUAUAAAGCAGAAGUGAAGUCUGGAGACAAAGUCUUAUUAAUGUGGGAUGACUGAUGUUUUAAUAGAGCAUCAUUGAGAGUGCAGGGGAUGCCCUCCAGUGGCUGAUGGAGAAAUACUUAAACAAGACAAAUAGAGAUCAAAUCACAGAUCAGAAGAUUAUGGAUAUGACAGCAAAACAUCACUAGGACAAACCUCCACUUAUGUAAAAACAAAACAAAAAAUUAUUUUCACUGUCUCUUAUUUUCCUUCCUAUUUCUAGCCUGUACUCUUUUAAACAACAUCUGUAACUUUGUACAGGUGCAUCUCAAUAAAUAUGAAUGUCGUGAAAAAAA